CUCCCGGCGCCGGGAGAGAGCUGGGUGGGGAGGGCUGCGCCUCGACCCCGCGCCGGGCGGGGACGCACGGGCGGGCUCCUGAGCGGACCCCGGGGCGGCCCCAGGGGUGCCGCCGUGCGGCCGGGGUGGCGGCUCUCUCCCCGGUUCCUCUGGCCCUGCCCCCACCCCCCCGCGCUCCUCUGUCGCCGCGCCCCGUGCCUAUUCAGUCUCUGAGCUGCCGGCGCGGGUGUAGACGGGUUCAGCGAGCGCAGUGGGCGGAGCGCAGGUGUUAGAGAGGGACGAGGUGUGCGAAUCCUGGCGUCGGGGCGGGAUGAGGAGCUGCUGAGUAGGAGGGGGCACGGCGAGCGCUGCGUCGGGAUCGGGGGAGCGCAGGGCGCCAGGGAAGACCGGCUGCGGGAUCACAGCGAGGUCAGUACUGCUCAUGGGGCCCGAAUCCAGCACAGGGUUUGACACAUGAAGUCCAAGAGCAGCUGCCCUGGCGGUCGGCGGGGGCCUCUGGCGGGCACGUCCAGUACGCGUGUCCCCGAAGGCCGCUGGCGGCCCCCAGGCCACGUCGAAACGUGACGUCCGGACAGGGCCAGAAAUGACAGCGGGGGCGUCGCGCAGCCCCCGGGAACGACCCGGCCAGCGGUGGAGGAGGACGGGCGGCGGGGGAAAGACGGAGCAGGUGGUGCUGUCAGACGGGAGUCCCGGACCACACCAGCUGCUGUGGGCCCCCGAUGCCGAGCUCCUGCAGGAAGGAGAACUGCCGACUCAGCAUCCUUCCAUUGCUGACGGCAGAAGCCACAGAGACUGGCCAGGAGCAAAUACCACACCGGACGCGGUGACGUUUGAGGAUGUGGCCGUGUGCUUCAGUAGCGGAGAGUGGCAGUAUCUGACCCGCGCCCAGAGGCACCUGUACACCGACGUGAUGCUGGAGAACUAUGGGAACAUGCUGUCAGCUGGCCUUGCCUUCCCUAAGCCGCCCCUCAUCUCCCAUCUGGAGCAAGGCGCCGCGCCCUGCGCUGACGGCCCGCAGGACUGGGGGCUCCUGACACGCUCCUUCCCGGUGUCGUCUGACCACACGCGGCCCGAGGACGGGGACUGGCCGGACGCGAAGCGCGUCCUGAAGCGCGGAGGGGCCUGGGUCCCGAGGCCUGCGUCCGGGCCCCGGGCGCCUGGGGCGGACGGGGUGGCCGGCGGGCCUGCAGCGCGCAGCGCCCAGCAGGCGCGAGGGCCCAGCCAGUGCGCCGAGUGCGGGAAGACCUUCCGCGGCCGCUCGGACCUCGUCCUGCACCAGCGCGUCCACUCCGGCGAGAGGCCGCACGCGUGCGCCCAGUGCGGGAAGGCCUUCCGGACCGGCGGCCAGCUGUCGGCGCACCGGCUCACGCACACCGGCGAGAAGCCGUUCGGCUGCGCGCAGUGCGGGAAGGCCUUCGGCAGCAGGGCAGCUGCGUGCCGGCACCGGCGGGCGCACGGCGGGGACAGGCCGCACGCGUGCGGGCAGUGCGGGAAGGCCUUCGGCAGCAGGGGCCGCCUGCGCCGGCACGGGCUGGUGCACAGCGCCGAGCGGCCGCACCGGUGCGGCGUGUGCGGGAAGGCCUUCCGCCUCAAGCACUGCCUGACCGCGCACGGCCGGACCCACUGCGGGGAGAGGCCGUUCGGCUGCGCGCAGUGCGGCCGCGCCUUCCGCGGGCGCUCCGACCUGGCCAAGCACGCGCGCGUGCACUCGGCUGAGCGCCCGUACCUGUGCGGCCAGUGCGGCCGGGCCUUCCGCCGCCGUUCGGACCUCCGCAAGCACGCGCGGGUGCACGCACGCGCGGGGCAGGCCGGGUCCCGGGGGGCCCCCGCCCCGGAGAAGCCCUUCCGGUGCGGCGAGUGCGGCCGGGCCUUCCGGCACGACUGCCGGCGCCGCGCUCACGAGCGGGGACACCGCGGGGACCGGCCGCACCCCUGCGGGCUGUGCGGGAAGGCCUUCGAGGACCGGCACUGCCUGGCCGUGCACCAGCGCGUCCACACCGGGGAGAAGCCGUUCGCCUGCCCCCAGUGCGGGAAGGCCUUCAGCGGCAAGUCCAACCUGACCACCCACCAGCGCGUCCACACCGGCGAGAAGCCGUUCGCCUGCGACGUGUGCGGGAAGGCCUUCCCCCAGAGCUCCGUGCUGACCCAGCACAGGCGGAUCCACACGGGCGAGAGGCCCUACCCCUGCAGCCAGUGCGGCCUGGCUUUCCGCCAGCGCGCGGCCCUGCUCGGGCACCAGCGCGUCCACACCGGCGAGAGGCCCUACGAGUGCGAGCAGUGUGGAAAGGCGUUCCGGGUGAGCGCCAACCUGACCGGACAUAAGAAGAGGAUCCACCCAGCGCGCAGAACCCACGAACUGGACGACACUUUGGGGACAGCCCCCGCCCCAGGACCGGCCUCGAAGACCCUCCCGGACGUCGGGGACUGAGCGCCAGCACCUGGGGUUCCGCAGACUGGUGCUUCCUGGUUCGCUGGCCCCUGACGGGGACCCCGGAGCCUGUCCUGAGUCACUUCCAGGGCCUGCCCGGCAGGAAUGAUCCUGUGCCGGCCACAGGUCCAGUGUCCACUCACUUAACCGCCAGCUGCCCUGCGGGACGAGGAGACGAAGGCCUGAGAAGACCGCUGCGGAGGCUCCCUUCCCGGCGGGCCCCGCGUCGGCGCCCCCGACGGCUGCCGAGGCUCCCUUCCCGGCGGGCCCUGCGUCGGCGCCCCCGACGGCUGCGGAGGCUCCCUUCCCGGCGGGCCCUGCGUCGGCGCCCCCGACGGCUGCGGAGGCUCCCUUCCCGGCGGGCCCUGCGUCGGCGCCCCCCAGACGCUCAGACUCCCCGCACUGCGUCUCCUGCAGGCGAAGCCACGACCCCGCUCAGCACCAACCGAGUUCGACCUGAUAAAAUAUUGACCAUUUUUAGCAAGGGUUUUCUGUGUUGUUUUACCUCGAGGACUGAAUGGUACUUUUCCAUGUGGGAUCAGGACGGGAAAGACAGGCCGAUUUAGGUAUCAGAGGUAAGGACGAUGCAGCUGUCUGCUGCUCAAGUAACAGUUUACAUAGGGAAGGAGCACAGAGCCCAUCUCACUUUCUUAUAAAUACAUCAAAAUUUCAAUGUGUUCAUUCUUAAAGAUUUGCUAUAUUUA